AUGCGCCUCGAAAUCGAAAUUCUUCUCCUACUUUUUCUAAUCAAUUUAUCCACCGAAUCACGUUUUAACGAAGCAAGACUUACUGCAAAACUUCUAUUUCACAAAAUCUGGGAAGCCACGGGGCAGAAUAAUAAAAACAAGGCCGAGAAAUAUUUCGCAAAUUCAUUCUACUUCACCACUUGUGAUAUGAAUUUCACACGAAGUUUUUUCGUGAAAAGCUGGAUUGAUGGCGGAACUCGGCCCGACGGAAUUCAUUUAUAUAAUGCUGAUUUUGUAAGGAAACAUUAGUGGAAUUCUAAAUUUCCAAAAUUAAUCAUUUCAGAGUCCCCGAGAUAAUUAUACAAUUCUAGAGUUUUCAUUGAAUUCACCAAAAUAUAAUUCGGAAUAUUUGGCGAAUAAUAAAACGGGAAAAUGGCGGAUUUCCGAGGGAAGAACAGUACCACCAGAUUUGUGUAGAUCCGAAUUUUUCAUAGCCACAUAA